AUGAAGAGCUACGUGCCGUGUGCGACAAACACAUUCCGUAAGGCGCGCGCAUGGCCAAGAUGGGCUGCAUUUUAUUCCUCGGCGCCGCCAGCGUCUCAAGUGUACUGCGGGAAAGAUGACACGCCCCUGGUACGGACGGAAUACCUGAGUGAUAAGCGUAUUUGGAUCUUGCACAUGCUCGCCCAAGAGACCCCAGAUAAUCGACUUACCCACACAUUUAUCGAGCACGGAUUGCUUCCUGCGCUUCGUGACGUCCGGAUGCACUGGGCGUCCUGGGUAAAAGAAAGCAACACGGCUGAUGGUGCUGCUCUUGUGACGACGGCGCCGAUGGACAACAAGAUCUUUUCGAACGGACUAGACCUGAUCAAUGCUUUGCGAGAUCCGCACUUUUUUAAUGACCACCUCAAUAAGCUCUUUCGCGAACUACUGACAUUCCCUAUCCCUACAGUGGCAUCCGUAGGCGGGCACGCAUUCGCCGCCGGUUUUACUCUUGCACUCGCGCAUGACUAUCGAGUGAUGAAUUCUGAACGCGGCUACUUGUGCAUGAAUGAAAUUGAAUUUGGCGCUCCGAUCCCAAAGGGUAUGUUGGGUGUUAUUACGUCUGUCGCUCGGCAGCCAUCAUUGCAGCGCAAAAUCGUCCUGGAGGGCCAUCGUUUCACAGCGCCUGAGGCUCUUGAGCAAGGUCUGAUUGAUGCUACAUCGAAAGGUCAGCAAGGCACGCUCGAUGUGGCUGUGGCACUCGCAGAUCGUCUUCGUUCACGCUGUGCCAAGAAUGCAUGGCAAGCGAUCCGCGAGCUUCUGAAGGAAGAGGCGAUUUUGAGCCAAUACGAACCACCAAAGGCACAUAUUACUGUAUCAGUAUAG